AUGGUUAGUCCAAAAACUGCGCAGCCGGAUAACAAUCUCGCUGGUUCCAGUGUCGGCAAUGUUAAUCUGAUCAAACCUUCCAGUACGAAAUUAAAACCAUCAGAAUCAGAAACUAAUGGGCUGAUUACUAUACCAGCUUCUCCGAGAGAACCCCUAAAUAUUAACGAGGAGAAUGAAAAGAUUUCUCAGGAAAACGAACCCCCUAAAAAAAUAAUACCUUCUCCUGCGCCAAUACCGGCUAUAAAUAUUUGGCAGUUAAGGAAAGAGGCUAUGAAUGCUAAAAAAGUUACUGAAACCUCUAACCUUAACGAUAAAGACGCUGCUGCUACUAUUACUGUUACCACUACCGAUAUUAAAAAAUCUGAAAAUCUUAACAUUGAUCAACAAGAACCUCCGGAUGAUUUCAAAAGAUUUGCUAAAAAAGAUUCAAAGAAACAAAAACAACCUCCGAUAUUACCUCCAUUAGAAGAUCAAACCUCUUGGCCUGCUCCUGCUGAAGUUUUGAUAAAAGACAAAGAAAAGGAGCAAACUGAUUCUUCCGAAAAGAAGCAAUCCAAUGAUAUCGGAACAAAAGAUAACCAAAAAAGAGGUAAAGGUAAAUGGAUUAAAUAUACUCCUAUAAUUACACAUAACACACCAUUACCAAGUCAUGAGAGGUCGAAGCCUCGGCGCCGUAGUGAAGAUCACGUUGGCCUUCGUGAACGUAAAUCUAGCGAAAAAGUUAUAAACCCCGAAGUGGAAACUCCAACGGUGCAAAGCAACAAUACAACUAGACGUCGUGCAAGUGUGCCUCCUCCAUCUAGAGAAUAUGGUCGUCGUUAUUCACAACAUGGUGAAAACGGUAUCAAUCAUCAUCAUCAUUCUAAUAGUGGACCACCGUUUCGUGGGGGUCGUAGAGGAAGAGGUCGACCUUACAAUGGUACACGCGGACCCCCUCGUUCGGUAACUUUACCUUAUGCAUCAACAGGAUACGUUCAACAAUAUGUCAAUGUUUAUGGAACUAAAAUUGGUUAUGACCUUGAAAUUUUGAAAUUCUAUAUUUUACAACAAAUGUACAUCCAUUUGAAUAUGGAUCCAGAGGGAUAUGUCCCAAUUGCUUUAUUAGCAGGGUUUAACCGGGUGAAAGCUUUGACAAUGGAUUUGGAUCUUGUCCGUGAGGCACUGCUUAAUAGUCGUAUUGUUGAGAUUAACGAAGAUAAAGUCAGAAAACGUGAAGGGUGGGAAUCUUGGUUACUACCAAAACAAUACGAAAAGGGUGAAAAUGAAUUGGAACAUACUAAUAAUGUACAAACAAUGUCUAAGCCUACUGGCUAUCAACAUUAUGAAGUUAACUCAAAUGAAGGUAUUCCUCUAAUGGAUGACGACGAAAACAAAGAAAAUGAGGAAAUGCCUACAAUUCCUGAAUAG